UCCAUAGCAAAGGGCUGAGGUGAGCACAUUUGUUCCACUGUGGCUAAUUAAUCGGCUUGGGUUUAGAGCUGUGGGGUUGGUUUUGAUUUUUUUUUUUUAAGUCAUCUGAGAAGUUUCUGACAUUAAAGUCACCAUGACUGAUUUGGGCUGCAAGAAACAUAGCGAUUGCACCAUCUCCAGGCUGCUUAAUGUGGUGGAGAAUGAGCUCCAGGCUGGAAGAGACAAAGGAGACCCCACUGAGAAGCAGCUCCUGGUUGUCUUGGAGGAUGCUGCUCUGUGGCAGAGGUUCAGAGAAGUUACAAAUGAGAUGAUUGUCACCAAGAAUGGCAGAAGGAUGUUCCCUGUAUUAAAGAUCAGCGUCUCGGGCUUGGAUCCUAAUGCCAUGUAUUCUUUUCUGCUGGAUUUUGCUCCAACCGACAGCCAUCGCUGGAAGUAUGUAAACGGAGAAUGGGUACCAGCUGGGAAACCAGAGCCCUCAAAUAACAGCUGUGUCUAUAUCCACCCUGACUCUCCAAACUUUGGGGCCCACUGGAUGAAGGCUGCUGUAUCUUUUAGCAAAGUGAAACUUACCAAUAAGCUGAAUGGCAACGGGCAGAUUAUGCUGAAUUCACUACAUAAAUAUGAGCCUCAAGUUCACAUCGUUCGAGUAGGAGGCCCACACAGAAUGGUAAUGAAUUGUUCCUUUCCUGAAACACAGUUCAUAGCUGUGACUGCGUACCAGAAUGAAGAGAUAACAGCUCUCAAAAUCAAGUACAACCCAUUUGCCAAAGCCUUUCUGGAUGCAAAAGAAAGAAACCACUCCAAGGAUGCUCCAGAAACUGCCUCUGAAAGUCAACACAUGACGUAUUCUCAUUCUCCACAUUCGCAUCAUGGCUGUGAACAUUAUUUGGCUCUUCGAGGGCACAGAGCUGUUCCCUAUCCUGCCACAUACAUGCAGAGAAAUCACUCCCCAACAGUGAAUUUGAUGGAGAGCACCAAUAAUGAUCUUCAGGUGUCUCCAAGCCAUGAAGGCUGGACUUCAGUAUCAUCCAGUCCCCAUGCCAACUUGCUCCCAGUGCCACACAAUAGUGGCACUGCCACGCCAGGUCCUAGCCACUACCCGUGCCUAUGGACAGUCAGCAACAAUGCCAUCAAUGUUGCCAAUCUUACAAGUGAUGCAAGCAGCAGCCCUCCAGGAACAUUCCUGCGAAGCAAUAUCCCAUGGCCUGCCACAUCCUCAUCUGCUUCAGUUCCUCUGCCAGGGACAGUCGCUAGCGGCAUGGAAACACAAUUGGAGCCUGCAUUUUCCAGACUAACCGAUUCCACCUGGACAUCUGUGGCCUCUCACUCAUUUUAA